AUGGGCUUCUCCAGGGGCUGCAGGUGUAUCUUUAUUCUGCUCCCUGGGCUGGGUUUGCAGCCCUUUUUCUUGCAGGAUCUCUGGGGCUUUUCCUCCUCCUCCAUCUGGCCAUGGCUUGGGAAUUUCAAAUCCUGGUUUGGGAGUACACAGGGCACCAAAGCAGCAUCAGCUCCUCCUCUGGCUCCCUCUGCUUGCAAAGAGGAGGCCAAAGAGGAGGAAGAGAGCAGUGAACUUCCCGCUGUUCUGGGAGACGAGAGCGAACACCCCGCGGUUUGGGAAUACAACGGCGAGGCUCCCGCGGUGUGUGACAAGGACAGUGGACAUCUCCCGGUGUGGGACAAGGACGGUGGAUGUCCCCUGGUGUGGGAUGAGAAUGGCCAAGCUCCCAUGGCGUGUGACGAGGAUGACGGCAAUCUCCCAGUGUGGGAUGAGGACAGAGGACAUCCUGUGGCUUGGGAAGAGGAGGGAGAACAUCUUCCAGCAUGGGAAGUCGACGGAGAAAAUCCCGAGGCUUGGAAAGAUGAUGGUGAACAUGCAGCAUUUUGGGAAGAGGACGAGGAGCCUGCACUGCUUUGGGAAGAGGAUGGAGAACCUCCCUCUGCUCCUGAAGAGGACACUGAAGCUCCCUGUGCUGCAGGAUCCUGGGCUGAACAUUCUGACAGCAGCACAGCCCUGCAGCCAGAGGGGAACGGGGAGUGGAGCCUGAUGCAGCUGAGUACGUCUGCUCUGUUCCUGUGUGCCAGAGCAGGGUGCUGGAACAGCGUGAGCGUGGGGGAGCCUGCCGAGAAAUACCUGGAACUGGAGCAGAUUGGCCAAGGGGCUUUUGGAACCAUUUCCAAAGGACUCGACAGGGCCACUGGAGGAGAGGUGGCCAUCAAGAAAAUGAGUCUCAGAGGGCAGAACAGGGAACGAGCUGUGAAUGAGGUCGUGAUCUUGAAGGACAAGAAGAACCCCAACAUUGUCAACUCUUUGGACAGCUUCCUUGUUGAUGGAGAUCUCUGGCUGGUGAUGGAAUACAUGGAUGGAGGAACUUUGCAGGACGUUGUCAGACAGACACGCAUGGCUGAAGGAGAGAUGGCAGCUGUCAGUCAGGAGUGUCUGCAGGGCCUGGAUUUCCUCCAUUCCAUCCGGGUGAUCCACAGAGAUCUGAAGAGUUCCAACAUCCUUCUGGGAAUGGACGGCUCUGUCAAGCUGGCUGAUUUUGGCCUCUGCGCUCAGCUCAGCCCUGAGCAGGACCAGUGCAGCUCCAUGGUGGGCACUGCUCACUGGAUGGCCCCAGAAGUUGUGACCAGUUCUCCUUACGGCCCCAAGGUGGACAUCUGGUCCUUUGGCAUUGUGACCAUCGAGAUGGUGGAAGGAGAACCUCCUUACUUCCAGCAAACGGGGGCCAUGGCUCGCGCUCUGAUCCGGCAGAACGGGACCCCGCAGCUGCAGGAGCCCAGGCGCCUGUCGGCUCUGCUGCGGGACUUCCUCGAGUGCAGCCUGGAGCCGGACGAGGAGCGGCGCUACUCUGCCCAGGAGCUGCUGCAGCACCCAUUUUUGUCAUCAGCCAAGCCUCUCUCCAGCCUGACCCCUCUGAUCACUGCAGCAAAGCAACUGAGGGAGCAGCGGAGGAGGAGAUGA